UGACAGGUGGAAUCUGCAGAAUUUUUGCCUGGCAUGAAAGCGAAGUGACCGGCAGAGAAUGGAGAACGGCGGGGAGGGAAAGGAGGGCUUGGUACCGACUGGGAAUGGGGCAAGGAACGAAGCAGCGUGUGAAAGGAAGAUGGCGGUUCCUAGUAAGGCUAGAGAAGGAGCCGCUAGAGCCCGCUGGAAGCUUUUAGGACAGGCUCUAAGAAAGGAGCGCUUGGAUGACAAUCUCCAGAAAGUGUCUGUUAGAAGAUUUAAUUCCUUUCGUCUGUUCUCAAUGGCGGAAAUGAAACAGGAAAACGCAGAAGAUGGUUGCCAAACCUGGUUUCAGUACAGCUGUGUUUUCUACCCUCAAUACAGCCUUUGCUUAAGGCUUAAUUCUGGAAUCACAAAUGUUGCUGACAUCCUUACAAGUUUUGACAACACCGGAAAUGUCUGUGUGUGGCCUUCUGAAGAGGUAAUGGCCUACUACUGUGUCAAGCAUAAAGAUAUAUUCAGGGACCUUGCUGUGUGUGAGCUAGGGGGUGGCAUGACAUGCUUGGCUGGGCUCAUGGUUGCCGUUUCUGCCGAUGUCAAGGAAGUCCUAUUAACUGACGGAAACGAAAAGGCCAUCAAAAAUGUUUCUGAUAUAAUAAGAAGACCCCAAAAUGAAGAAAUAUUUAAAGACCGGCUUGUGUCAAGCAGAGUUCUGCGAUGGGAUAAUGAGACAGAUGUCUCUCAACUGGAAGGACAUUUUGACAUUGUUAUUUGUGCAGACUGCUUGUUUCUGGACCAGUACAGAGGCUGCCUUGUUGAUGCAAUAAAGAGAUUACUGAAGCCCAGUGGAAAAGCGAUGGUAUUUGCUCCACCGAGGGGGAAUACUCUAAGCCAGUUUUGCAAUCUAGCGGAGGCGGCUGGUUUUUCUAUCCAAAGACAUGAAAAUUACGACGAGCACAUUUCCAACUUCCACUCCAAGCUGAAAGAGACAGAAGCCGAUGUCUACGAUGAAAACCUCCACUAUCCCUUCCUGCUGGUUCUGUGCAAAAUUAGGUAGACAGGGUUCUAUGCUUCAUCUGGAUUCCGUUCCCUCUCCUAAAGCCUGAUUGGCCCAGACCAUUGCAAAGGAACCUUGAUGUGUGUAUUCUUCUUUAUAUUAUGUAUAUGUUGUGUGCCAUGCCAUGAAGGGGAAUUAACCACCUAUGUCAGGGCUGGGUUUAGGGGUAAAGAGGCCUCUGGUAAGUUUGGCGCCUCCAUCUGAUGGGGGAAAAAGAUAGAAUUCAGUUAUUUCAAGCCUGCAGGAUGCUGCUUCAUAUAUAUAUAUAUAUAUAUAUAUAUAUAUAAAACACAGGAUCUUUAAAUCCGUUCCCCCUCCUCCAAGGUGCCCAAAUCCCUUUCUACCCAAAAACCAGCCAGGUUCCUGCUGCCAACUGAUCUGGCAAUACAAUGCUAAAUUUAUUUAUUUUUUUCUAAAUGUGAUUUUGAAAUUCGCAAGAUAUAGCCUCAAAAUCCAAAUCCCCCUGCCAUGUUAUUAUUUUGUCAGCCGAGAUGGCUUCUCCGGAAAGAGUUAAUCACGUCGGUGAUAAAUGUAUUAUCCUAGCAGGUGUUUUUCUCUUUCGCCGGGGAUAUUUUCUUCCUGUACGGCUGGGAGAAAUCACUGUAUCAGACAAAAGCCUCAUGAACUGACCAUUUGUCCUCUGGACACAAAAGCUCACCCGGCCCUCUGCUCCUCCUCCUCAAUUAUGUGCGAUUAGUCUCAGUGUGUUGAGUCAAGAAGGGGGAGUGCACUGAGUGCUUAUUAUCUGUUUAGGUACAAGGAGAGCACAUUUAGGGCCUCUCGGUGGACAAAAAGUGACAUCUCGUCGGAGCCCCCCGAAGAAACCGGCGCUGUUUUUUGGUUGUGGGGGGGGGGGGGGGGGGAACCCUUUCCAAAUAAUAUUUGAUAUUAGAACGAGUUACUGCUCCACAAAGAAAUGCCUUGGGGGCUCAUAACAUGGAGCAGAGAUUCAGUGCAAUGCUUGGCUGGGGGCAAUAGCACAUUCAUAUCACUAAGUUACCAGCACUUGUGUUCAUACAGCCCAUUGCACUCACAAUUCAAGCACAGAAAAUGUCAUUUCACUGGUUUUUUUGUUGCUGUUGUUGUUGUUGUUCAGGUAUGGGAUCUGUUAUCUGGAAACCCAUUUAAUCUCAGAAUUAAGGGAAGGCCCUCUCGCAUAGACUCCAUUAUAAAUAAUUCACAUUUUUAAAAAUGAUUUCUCUGUAAUAAUAAAACAGUACCUGUACUUGAUCCCAACUAAGAUAUAAUUACCCCUUAUUGGGGGCAGAACAGCCCUAUUGGGUUUAUUUAAUGGUUAAAUGAUUCCCUUUUCUCUGUAAUAAUAAAACAGUACCUGUACUUGA